CAAGUGCGUAAACCUCACCCACAAACGCCGGAAAAACCCAGGAGUUCACAGACAGACAGAGAGACGAUCGAAGGAAAAUGGGCUCGUCGAGUGCUAUGCGCGAGCUACAGCGAGAACUCGAGUCCAAAGGCAACGAUCUCAGCAAACUCCAGAAAGAUAUCGCAAAGAACCAUCAAGUUAGAAAGAAGUACACCAUCCAGCUUGGUGAAAACGAGCUCGUCCUCAAGGAGCUGAAUCUGUUGAAUGAAGAUGCGAAUGUGUACAAAUUGAUAGGACCUGUACUCGUGAAGCAGGAUUUAGCAGAGGCCAACGCGAAUGUCCGUAAGCGAAUUGAUUACAUCUCUGCUGAAUUGAAACGGUUGGAUGCAACUCUACAAGAUUUGGAAGAAAAACAAAAUAGUAAGAAAGAUGCGAUUUUAAAGUUGCAGCAAAGAAUUCAGUAUCUCCAGGCCGGAAAAGCAAAGGCAUAAUUUUCCUCUGCUGGUUCUUUUCUGGCCUAGUUAGCAUCAGUGCUCUUGAUCUCUGCUUUUUGAGUAAAACUACUAUUCUAGUUACUAGCCCUCCCUUUUUGUUUUUGGAUUUUGAUGAUUGUUUCUUACAAGGAAAAUGUGGUUGUGUUGGUUUUUUUUAAAUGAUACGUUGUGUUUGUGCAAGAUAUGUCAAAGUUUAGGUUGUAUCGAGUGCAUCGUUCCUAAGUAUCCAACAUUGGUGGACCAAUGCCGUGUAAUGACUUAUCUUUGUAUCUGGUGAAUGUGGAUCUUUGGAAAAAGUUGUUGGCCAUCAGUUGUUACAAUGUACUGCUUAAGUUGAACUA